AUGGAGAACGAGGGCGUGGUGAAUGGCGGAGUAGGGAAUAGGGCAAAAUCAGGGAAGUUUCCGUUGACGGCGUGGGAGGUCACGGUGGCGAGCGGCGUCGUGUUGGGGUUUCUGUUUGGGUUGGUAGGGCUGUACCUGACGAUGCCGGCAUCUGAUUACAGCUUCCUCAAGCUUCCUCGUUCUCUGCAAGACCUUCAAAUUCUCAGGGAUAACCUGGAGAGCUAUACAAGUGAUUACACUGUACAAGUUCUGGUGGGAUACUGUUUGGUGUACAUUUUCAUGCAGACUUUUAUGAUCCCAGGAACAGUUUUCAUGUCCUUACUUGCUGGAGCCCUUUUCGGGAUCUUUAAAGGUGUAGCUCUGGUUGUAUUCACAGCAACAGCGGGUGCAUCUUCUUGCUUCUUCUUAUCCAAGUUAGUUGGUCGACCACUCGUCUUCUCUCUCUGGCCUGACAAGUUAGCUUUCUUUCAGUCCCAGGUGGCUAAAAGACGUGAACGGCUAUUGAAUUACAUGCUUUUCCUUAGGGUGACCCCAACUUUGCCAAAUACAUUUCUAAAUGUUGCAUCACCAAUUGUAGACGUUCCUUACCAUAUUUUCUUCUUGGCCACCUUCAUUGGGAUCAUUCCUGCUGCAUACGUGACUGUUAGGGCUGGAAUAACGCUUGGCGAGUUGCAAUCGGUUGGUGAUCUAUACGACUUCCAGUCCAUAGCAACUCUGUUUCUCAUAGGUGUCGUAACUGUUACUCCCACACUGAUGGGGAAGGGGAAGAAUACUAAAUCGUAA